AUGGCCAAGGUUAACAUCCCAACAUUCAAGCUCAACAAUGGGCUAGAAAUUCCAGCUCUGGGCUACGGAACAUGGCUGGGACUUGACGAAAAGGCCGAGUUGAAAAUGCAAGACGCGCCGAAACUAGUGGAGGCCGUUGCGUACGCUAUAGAUGUCGGCUAUCGACAUAUCGACACGGCACAUCUCUACCGCGUCGAGCCCGAGAUCGGCCACGUCGUGAAGCAGAAGAUCGCAGAAGGCGUUGUCAGAAGGGAGGACAUGUUUAUAACGACCAAAGUGUGGCAACAUUACCAUCGUGAGGCCGACGUGGAGAAGUCGGUGCGGGCUUCACUGAAACGCCUCGAUAUGGAGUACGUGGACUUAGUAUUGAUGCAUUGGCCAAUGUCGAUAUCUCAAGAUGGCGUCGACGAGAAGAUCGACUACUUGGAGACCUAUCGCGGCCUGGAGGCAGUGCUGGAGAAGGGCCUCGCGAAGGCCAUCGGCGUCUCCAACUUCAACCUGGAGCAGAUGAAGAGGCUGGUCGCCAACUGCCGCGUGGUGCCGGCUGCCAACCAGAUCGAGGUGAAUCUGAACCUGGGGCAGAGGGAGCUGGUCGACUACUGCCAGUCCGAGGGGGUGAUGGUGGUGGCGUUCAUGCCGUUCGGCUCGAUGGUGGCGGGCCAGGCCGCUCCUGGCAGCCCCGAACCGAAGAUCGACAACCCCACGGUGGUGGCGAUAGCGAAGAAGCACGGCAAGACGGUCACCCAGGUCGCCUUGAGGAAUUUGUAUCAACGCGGCAUUGCCAGCAUUCCAAAGUCCCUGAUGAAGUACCGCAUCCUCGAAAACGCGUCCAUUUUCGAUUUCGAAUUGGACGAGGCAGACGUGGCAAAGCUGGCACAAUUCGACAACGGAUACCGAACCAACGUCCCGUCCUUUUGGCAGGAAUACAGCAACUAUCCGUUUGAGAAGGUCGCCGACCCCAUGAGGGGCAUACCUUUGUCUCUGCGCGAGUGGAAAAAUGGCGCGAAUCAAGACAUCGAC